CUGUGAUCAUGCGCAUUUGUUGUCACGCUGUCUGGCCAACGCGUCUUUGGCUCCUCACCACUUUGAAUCAGUGCAUUUUUGCUCUGUGGGUUCAGUGGCGCGCUCUGCUCUGAUCACCGGACGCCUUUGACGAUUUUAGUCGUGACUUUAACUUUUAAGAUGCAGGACUUGGACACUUCAAACCGAGUUUUCCACAAGUCCUCAUUCAGCAUCAGCAGCCUGUUGUUGAGACGAGAGGGAGUGAUGGGGGACCAGGAGUCUCCUUCUCCGUCCCAGAAACUGCGCUCUGCACAUCCAAAGAAAUCCUGUCAAGUGGAAAACUUUGACAGUGAAAAGAAUUGCGAAAACCCUAAAAUGUGCAAUAAAGCAGAAACCAAACCGGUGACUGCAAAUGGAAAACGGGAGGAAAAUAAGGGAGAUUCAAAGAAAAGCGGGGGAGCAGAAGAAACCAUUAAACCCGAGAAACCUCCUUUCAGUUAUAACGCGCUCAUCAUGAUGGCGAUCCGUCAGAGCGCGGAACGACGGCUCACACUCAACGGCAUCUAUGAGUUUAUCAUGGACAACUUUCCAUACUACCGACAGAACAGACAAGGAUGGCAAAAUUCAAUCAGGCACAACUUGAGUCUGAAUAAGUGUUUCGUUAAAGUGCCGCGCCACUAUGAUGAUCCGGGUAAAGGAAACUACUGGAUGCUGGACCCCUGCAGUGAGGACGUCUUCAUAGGUGGCACAUCAGGGAAACUCCGGCGCAGGGCAGCAGCUGGCUCCAGGACCAAGCUUGCACUAAAAAGGGGAGGAGGUCGUCUGAUGUCGUCCAGCACUGCAACCAGCGUGACCUUAGCCGCAGCAGGUUCGUUUUACUGGCCGGUGCCACCGUUCCUACCUCUCCAAACACCAGUGCGCACCCACCUUGGCACAGGGACUUAUCUGAGCGCUCACCCCCGAUUCCCAAACCACGCCACAUCGAUGGUUUCGCAGAGGUCCCGGUUGAGUGCAACAAGUGCUUCAGACGCCGACCGGUUCAUGCAGACGCACCAGGAGAUGUCUUACAUCGGACUCAGUUGCGCGCAAUCCCGACGCCAUCAGAUUGGCACCGCCUGCACCGCUUUCUCCACAUCCAUCCCUGCAUGCACCCUGCCGCUGUCGGAUCCAUACUCUUUUAACAUGAUCUCCGGACAAGCCAGCUACUUUUACUCUCACCAAAUACCAUGUACCGCAACGUUCAGUCCGUGCCAAGAGGAGUGCGCUACGUCCAAGACGUCUCCAGGACUAUUUUCAUCCAAGAACGGCCACUCAGACCUCGGGGGCUUCUGUAAUGACUUUCAAAAUUACUGCCCUCAAGUCAGUUCAAGCCCUCUUUCGUCUUGGAAUAUAGAUAAAUAGAGUAACAGUCAUAGUACUCAAUGUCGAAGAUUUAAAACGUUGCUUUAGAAUUUAGAUUAACAAAGUUGGUAAAUAAAAGGCCAGCACAUCCUAGAGUACCUGCAGAGUGGAAUUUAUUGAGUUUAUGAAAAAUAUCCCGCAACAUUUCCCCAAUAUUUGUUUUACAGUAAAACAUAAUGUAUAUCUAAACUGAACCGGGAAAUGUGUUUCACCAGACUAAACAAAUGUUUCUUUUGACGCACACCAUUUCCAAAAAUGUGCAAAAACAUGCUUUUGCGCAUUGGUUAUUUUUUAAACACAUCCAUGUAACCAGGAAAGUCAAGUUAUAAAAAUGUUUUAUGUCAUUAAUGGCCACUUGGUCUUCAUCUGUAAACUGAAACUAGGCUAUAUUCCUGUUUUGGGAAACAAUUGCUCUCCACUUAGUUAACUUUUCUCAUGAAUCUUUCCCAGAUAUGUGUAUGCACUUGCCAGUAUAGGAAUUGAAGUGAUGUUUGCGCGCAUGUCACUGUUUGAGGCCUAAUGCCAUCAUCUGAAAUGAUCUGCAAAAUACCGAAAAAUGUCAUUUAAAAAAUGAAAUAAAAUAUCAACGAAAUGAUCCUUCUGUCUGAAGUCAAUCAUUUGUCAGCAUGUUAACUGAGAUCUUCAUUUAUUAUUUUUUAUUAA